AUGUCCAUCAAUAAUUGUCGUGAUCUCUCCUUUCAGCAAAGCAUUCUCCUCUUUCAGCUCGUCCCUCUCUUUCUCGGCCUUGAAGAGCUGCCUCCUCAACAUGGCCAGCUCGAACGCCAUCUCCAACUCAGCGAUUGUAAAUCUCUUCUCCUAGACGAGGUGUCCGAGGAAGGAGAAGGGAAAGACUCCUGUGAUCUCUUCCUCCUCCUCCUUAAGAAAGUAGCAGUGUCUUCUUCGAAACCCUUAGAAGGAAGAUCCUCGACAACAGUAGGAGGAAGGACAAUUGGAACAGCAGUAGGGACGAUGGCUGAGAUGACAGCCGAGUCGUGGCCAAGCCAAAACCUGAAAAGGUUCUAA